UCACCAUGAGGUUCCUGUGUCGGUGUUACAACAGUGUGAUGUCUUUCAGGCGGACUCAAGGCAUUGCUUAUUGUUCUGUAGCCGGGACUCGGAGCAAUAGCUCCGGCAGCGCUGACAGCGACGGAUCGGCGAGAGCGGUGCCCCUGUCAUAUGAUGUGUUUGAUGGCACAGGGACUGAGACUCCCCUGGUGUUCCUGCAUGGCUUGUUUGGCAGUAAAUCCAAUUUCCAGUCCAUAGCGAAGGCGCUGGUGCAGCGGACAGGCAGAAAGGUGCUUACUGUGGAUGCUCGAAACCAUGGCAACAGCACACACACCCCCUUCAUGAGCUAUGAAGUAAUGACCAAUGACCUCAUGAAUCUAAUGAGCCAGCUGCAUGUAGGAAAAUGUGUUUUGAUUGGGCACAGUAUGGGAGGCAAGUUGGCUAUGACGUCCGCCCUUCUACAGCCAGGCCUUGUGGAGCGACUGGUGGUGGUCGAUAUCAGCCCCAGCCAGACCACCAUGCACACCGGCUUCCCUUCCUACAUCACAGCCAUGAAAGCUGUCAAAGUAGACAGCGGCAUCCCCAGAUCCACAGCAAGGAAACAAGCUGAGGACCAGCUGCGGCCAUUUGUGAAGGAGCUGGCAGUGAGACAGUUUCUUCUGACAAACCUUAUUGAACAAGAUGGACACUACACUUGGAGAGUGAACCUGGACGCUAUCAUCAAGCACUUGGAUAACAUCAUGAGCUUCCCAGAUUUUGACACGUCCUACCUUGGCCCAACACUGUUUCUGGGUGGAGGAAAUUCACCAUACAUCAGCUCCGAAGACUAUCCUGAAAUCCAACGCCUGUUUCCUAACUCCGAUAUCCAGUACAUACCUGACGCCAGCCACUGGAUCCAUCGGGACAGACCUAUGGACUUUAUCAACUCCAUCUGUACAUUUCUGCAGUCCUAGUACAAUAGGAAACAAAACACCAUGCUGUCUUGGGACUGCUGCAGUGAGAUAUAGACUACAGUGCUCCCUCGCUAUAAGGCUGUCUACAGUAAAUACAGUACCGGUGUUGUUCAAACUGUAAACAACUUCUCAGUCUAACUUCCGUUUCUGUCUCUCCCUUUUCUGAACUGAAGAAAAGCUGCGCUGGCACUUUAUAACACAGACAUCUUAUUCAGCAUUCGUUUUAUAACUAAAUAAAUAUUAGGCCUAUUACAUGGUUAUCUUUCCUAAUGUAUUUACUUUUUUGUCGAGAGAGGAACUGCGGCUUUCUCUGGGAGACGAGAUGCUUCAGCUCCGAAUGUUGCCUUUUCUUUUUAUAGCAUUUUCUUUUUAUAGCGUUGAUUACAUGGUUCUUUAUGCAUGGUUAAUUUACAAAAAGGUAAAUUUUUGCUUCACUAUAUAUGCAUUAGAGGGAGUUAUUUUAUUUUGUAUUUUAGUCAGAUGUGUGUUAUGUGUCCCGCGGCGCCCCCCACCCUCUCCCCCGUUAAUAACGCUCUUUGGUUAUACUGCUUAUAUUGUGUGCCCCUCGAAACCCGCUUUCUAGCGAAGGAGCACUGUAUGUACACUUGUAAUACUGUACAAUAGAUACUGCUGUCUGCAACAAUAUCAACCCAUACUGUUAGAGGAGGGAACAAACAGGCUGCCUAUGUAUGUAUUAAAAAAAAGUAAUUAUAAACUAUAUACGCACAUUGUAAUAUGGGUCCAUGUAUUCCGUUAAUGUCCAUGUGGUAUUUUAUGAUCGUUAAUGUUAUCUUGUUAAUGACACUGCUGAACAUAUACAUUACAGCAGGAUGGUUGUUAAGGUUGCAAUGUUCUUUCCAUUAUAAUAUGUAUAUACAUCUAUGUCCUUGCUCAGAUGUUGACGUUUUUAUCUUACAUUUUCUAAUUUGCAAUGUAUUGUAGUUAUUGUUUUUACGUAACAGUUGUUUAAAACAGUGCACUUGCUGUACAGGAAUAGCGUGCAUUGUAACCUUUGAAACACUGUGUUGGUUGUUUGGGUGCUGUGAUGUAUUACGAUGGAUGUGAUAUUAAUAUUAUGGAAAUGAGUCUAAAAUGAUUUUACUCUUCAUGUUAACGCACAAGUACAACAUGCUGCUGUGCUUACGAGGUUCGUCUUAACCCUUGAGCUCAUAUUAAACUGGUGAGUUAGA